CCACACCACCGCGCCUGGCUGGCUGGCUGGCUGGCAUGGCACACAUGUGGCCAUACAGGCAGGAGGGAGGCAAGCACGAGGAGGGACAUGCCACACGACACAGAGAGGAGGGAGAUAUAUGGGGUGGGGUCGCAUCCAGCUGGAAAAAUCCCCUGGCUGCUCUCGUCAGGAUCGACGAAAGAGUAGGAGGCAUAUCUUCACGGGACGCAGCCCUUCCCUCUAAACACGCCCGUCGAUCGAUAGUAGCACACGCAGGUAGGCACCCCUCCCCUCCCCCACACGCCAUCCCAUCGCUUAGUAGUAAGACCCGUCAGCCUUGCCCUGUGCGUCCAGCAGUCCCUUCCAGUAGUUCUUCUCAAAGUUGGCCUUGGCGCUUGAGUCUACGAGGACCUCAAUGGUGCGGCCGCGCUGCCUGACAGGGAAGGUGGCCAGGUUUUGGGGCGGCCUGAGCUUGCCGGUGAGGGGGCCGACGAGGGGCGGGAAGGGGCACCAGUCGCCCACCACCUCACCGCUCUCGAGCGAGAAGGCCGUGCGGUGCAGAGGGCAGACGACCUUGCCGUCCUUGACCUCGCCUUGCUCCAAGGGCGUGCCGAUGUGCGGACAGACGUUGGCCACGCAGUAGAUGCUGCCGUCGGCGUCGGCAACCAGCAGCAGAUUCAACCCGUUCACCUGAAUGACGAAGGAAGCCACAGACGGACGGACGGACGGGUCGACGGACGGAUGUAUGAGGCUGGAAAAAAUGUGGUGGUCCUGCUGUGUGGAUCUUCCUUCCCAUUGCACUGACCUGGACAGGCACGAGGUCGCCCGCGGCGAUCUCGUCAUCGUUGAGCACCGCCUUCCACUCCUGAGCCUGCAAGUAUGCAGCCAGCCAGCCAGCCGCACAGCACGCAGCAACAGAUGACUGCCUCAUGCCGUCGGUUAUCUAUCGAGAGAGGCUCGUGACUGAGUGCGUACGGUGGCAGUUGCGGCUCCGAAGACGGCAUUCAAACGGGAUCGGUAGGAACGUUGGGGCGCAUCACCGUGCCUCUGCAGACACCGCAUACACCAACCAGACCGAUUCAUAAAUCCACCACAGAUAGAUGCGCUUGCUGAUCUCUCAUAUAUCAGCUCAUUUGUCUGGUCACGUCACACAUACAUACAUACCAGCUGAUAGAAGGUUGGUGACACCCCCAGCUGGCCAUGUCGGUCAGUGGCAACUGUACUCCUUUGUGAGAGGCACUGCUGCCCAGCAGGGGAGGGGAGCACGAAUCCACUGACGCCUCCUGCAGCAAGAAAUGGACACACGGACAUAUACAUACACCAAACCAAAAGCAUUAUUGACCACACACUGAUCUCCCCGUCCACCAUCUCUUCAUCCCGCGUCCCACCUGCAAGCAGGGUGAGUGCUGCAAUGGCCGUCUUCAUUUGCAGAUGUUCAGCCUGCUAUCAAAAUUCUUAAGCUGCCCGACUCCUGCC